UCAGUAAAAGAGAAUAAUAAAAAUUCAUCACCCUCCCCAAACUACCCUCAAACAAAGGUUAACUCCAAACAUUACCACCAAGGGUAUAAUAGACAUUUAACAAAAUACUAAAAAUAAAUAAAUAAAUGCUUCCCAGAUGCGGACAGCUCUGCUUCGACUGGGACGCCACUCCGCUCCUCUCCACCUUCUUCUCAUCAGAGCACGAAUUCCAAAGCUAUGCUCUCGCCCUACUCUUCUUCUUCUUCCUCUCCGCGUUGCCUUUCGCGCUCUUGGGUUCGAUCUCCUGCUCCCCAGAUCCUUGCCCCAAUCGGCCUUCGUCCUGUUGCCUGUAAUUUGUGAAGUGGGGCGGGCCAAUAUGUGGGCGAACAUGAGAAAGCGUUGGUUAAUGAAACAAAUGCUGUAUGGUUUUGGGGCCCUAUUUCUAAGACCCAUCAAAACUUUGCGUGGAGAAUGCCAAUCCUUUGGAGUAUCCCAGUUUUUGUGUAAUAUUACAAGUAUGGCAUCCUCAUUGGAAAUUGAACUGGUUCCAUGUCUCCAGGAUAAUUAUGCAUAUCUUUUGCAUGACACAGACACCGGUACAGUUGGAGUGGUAGAUCCUACUGACGCUUUACCAGUUAUAAAUGCUCUUGAUCGGAAAAAUCAGAACUUGACUUAUAUUCUUAAUACUCACCAUCACCAUGAUCAUACUGGCGGAAAUAUGGAGUUGAAAGCAAGGUAUGGUGCCAAGGUGAUUGGUUCAAGCAAGGACAAGGAUAGAAUCCCUGGUAUUGAUAUCACCCUUCAUGAUGGAGAGACAUGGAUGUUUGCUGGCCAUGAGGUGCUUCUUAUGGAAACUCCAGGUCAUACGAAAGGUCAUGUUAGCUACUAUUUUCCUGGAUGCGGAGCAGUCUUUACAGGGGACACCUUGUUUAGUUUAUCAUGUGGCAAGCUUUUUGAAGGAAGUCCAGAACAGAUGCUUUCUUCCCUGCAAAAGAUAAUGUCCUUGCCAGAGGAAACAAAUGUAUAUUGUGGCCACGAAUAUACAAUGAAUAAUGCAAAAUUUGCACUGUCCAUAGAGCCUAACAAUGAAGCACUCCAAGCCUAUGCUGCACAUGUGGCUCAACUUCACAGCAAGAAUCUACCCACGAUACCUACAAUGCUGAAGACGGAGAAAUUGUGCAAUCCAUUUCUACGAACUUCAAGCACAGAAAUCCGGCAAGCCCUAAAUAUUCCACUAUCAGCUAGUGAUGCAAAGGCCUUGGGCAUCAUUCGCCAGGCAAAGGAUAACUUUUAAGGUUGUAAGGAUUCUGCAUCCUGCAGCUGUUCAUCCUCCUUAUUUCAUCAGGACUAGCGGAUUACGAAUGGUUUCGACACAUGAUUGAUUGAAUGAAAGUUUGAUCAAGACUUGGCGAGAAAAAAGAGGAGAUGGAGGUGUGAGUUUUAUUUGUAUAGGAGUGGUUCAAUACAAGAUUAAAAUGGAAAGGAAAUCUUCAGUGAGUCAAGGGCAUUCCCUUCUCAAUGUUUACUUAUUUCAUUUUUUGUGUUUUGUUGAGUAUUUUGUGUGGUACCAUCUUGAUAGAUAUACAAAAGUUAGGUACUUUUUUUAAACUCUUCAUGUGCUCUUGAUAAACUUAUAUUUUUUUGGUCUUGUUUAUGUAGCCAUCUACAACUCCAUAGACUUAUUUGUCAAAUUAUUCUUUCAU